AUGGAUGGCAGCAGCAUGGGCAACCCGGCUAGCCCGGUUCUGGCAGGUAUCGUCAUGGAUUACGUCAUCUUAGAGGUCCUGGAGAAGCUUCCGUGCAACAUUCCAUGGCUGAAACUCUACGUAGACGAUACUGUGUUGCCGGUUCCGGAGGACUCUAUUGAUAUGAUACAUCGGAUGAAUGACGGGAGCCUGAAGCUCAAUUGGUACCAAAAACCCACAAGUUCUGGGAGAGUUAUCAACUACCAGUCGAACCAUCUGAUGGCGCACAAAGUUGGUGUGGUAUUCGGCAUGUUACACCGAGCAAUUGGACUCAGUCACGAGGACUUUCAUGAGGCUAAUAUUGACCGAGUGAAAGACACUUUAACGAAGAACGGUUAUCCUGGGAAGUUCGUCAUGAAGUGCGUACGAGAGUUCAAAAAUCGAAGAGCUUCUGGGGUUGAGAGAGCGGCAGACCCAGAUGCAAGGUCCUGUUUUAGGUUUCCUUUGGUACGAGGAUUGUCUCAAAGGCUGAACAGGUGCCUCAGAAGCACAGAUUCGAAAUUGGUCUUCUACAACCUGAGAUCAGUGGGGGAUCUGUACUCAAAAUUGAAAGACCCGAUUCCAUUGCUACCGAGGUCAGAAGUUGUGUACAAAAUCCCAUGCGAGUGUGACAACUGUUACAUCGGACAGACUCGGCAGAGGCUGGGUGCCAGGAUUCGUCAACAUCGGUAUGACUGCGCACCCCGAGAUCUCCUGAAGAAAGAGAAAACGGCGUUGGCCACCCACUGCUUCGACAAGGAUCAUAGAUUCAAGUUUGAGGAUGUUUCAAUUUUGGACACUGAGAGUCAUUGGGUGAAGAGGAAUAUUGCUGAGAUGAUCCACAUUUGCCUACAUGACACUACAACAAAUCUGGCCUACGAGUGCCAUUUUGCCACUUUUUUAGAGUUCCUGGAUGCUUUGGAGCUCUAA